UCUGGCUUCCUUUAUUGUUAAUACAUCGCACACGUAGUGGCGUCUGUGAAUCAAAAGUGUUGGACGCGUUCGGAAAGCAGAAAACCAAUUGGCUAGUGGAUUGCAUUCGUCUCCUGUGACAAAAAACACGCUCUGGGUCAGAAAAUUUAGAUAAAGAAACUUUGACCGUGUGUAAAUUUUGUUGGCUCGUACGAUUGAUAUCCGUACUUCAUUUGGCCACAAAUCCGGUUUGAAGUUACCAAAAACGGGUACGGCUUAAAAAAUGUAGGCUAAAUAGCAAAUGCUAUUCAUUUGUUCGGUAAAUAUAGCGUGUAAUCAACUGGUCAGCAUUGAAAAGAAAAACAGUAAGUGUGUGUGGCCACGGGCAGGAAAGUAAGCCCGUUUCGUUCGUUCUAUCCCGUGAUCCAUAAUUCGACAACAAUGCUUAACGUAGGCACGGUCACGGUGGAAGCCCACUAUUCCACCAAUUACGUUGAAAAUUAUCUCGAUUCGGUAGAAAAUCUUCCCGACGAUGUGCAGCGGCAUCUGUCACGCAUUCGCGAAAUUGAUGUCCUCUACCGGGGUCAUCUGCGGGAUGUAAAUAUGUACUGCGAGCAAUGGAGCGUCAACCAGACCCAGGGAACUAUAGCCGGAACGACGAAAACCAGUACGAAUGAAGCACCAUCAUUGUCAACGGUGGCAACAACAGAACAGAGCAACGUUUUGAAACGGGCCACUUCUCGCAUACAAAAAAGUCUUAUCGCAGCACAGGAGCUGGGUGACGAAAAGCUACAAAUCAUCCAACAACUGCAAGACCUGAUCGAUCACAAAACACGCCAACUCGAUCAAGAUUUCAUGAACCUUGGCAACGAGUUCUUCGUGCGGCUUGAUUAUGCCCGGGACGAUAAAACAGAUGGUGGUCGGGAUGGAAAUGGUACCAGCGUUAUCGGUACCCUCGGUGGAGGCAGUAGCUCAAGCAACGGACCGGCCCAAUACGGGGUGACAGGAAAUGGAACCGCCAACGGACCGAAUGCUUCCGGUGGAUACGGCCUUAGUGGUGCUGGCAGUAACGGUGGCAACAGUGGACUCGGUUCCAAUUCGCAUAUCAUGCACACAAGCAAUGGAACCAGUGGUAACGGAGUGGCGAACACACUGGGAGGAGGAAAUGGGUCCGGCAUGUAUGGAGCAAACAACGGCAGCGGUUCAUUGAGCAAUGAGCGAAGUUCGAAACGUGCCCGUAGAACCCGAAAUGACCAGACCGGUGGCUCUGCGAACGGCUCAAAUACACCCAAUUCGAUGUGUGGUGUUAGCGCGAUGGAGGUCGAUCCGAUCGAGGAUGUGCUUGGCGGUAAUAGUGGCGUAGGCAGCGGCGCUGGUGUAGUAACGGGUGGAAGUCCCGGUAACGCAGCGGGUGGAAACGGUGGUUCAACGGGUAGCGUUUCUAUUUCCACCGGUGGCAACGGUGGACAAAGCGUAAGCGGAACAAUGAAGCAAGAAGCUGGCAUUGGUGGCACUGGGAAUGGAAGCAACAGUGGUACGGGUGGAUCAGGAAAUAGCCAUAAUAUCGUAAGUGCACCAGGGUCCGGAUCCGGCCAGAACUUAUCAGCAGGAGGCAACAAUGGUUCUAAGAAUGGUAGCAACGGUGGAAACGGUGGUACCAACAGCUCCAGCAGCGCUUCCGGCAGCAGUGGAAAUAAUGGUAAUGGCAACGGCGGCAAUUCUGGCGGUGGCGCCGGAAGUAGCAAUUCGCAGCUCAACAAUUCCAACCAGGGUGCUAGUGGCAGCAGUGGUGGUGGUGGUGGUGGGAAAAAGGGCAACGGAAGCGGUAACAACACUGCUAGCGGUAGUGGUACCAGUGGUGCAAACGCGGGCAAGAAGAAAAAACGCAAAACAGGAGGUCGGGGAUCGCAUGCAACCCGUGAAGCCCGGGAAGAUACGCCGGCGGCCGAGGAAACGAUCGAUCCGGACGAACCGACAUACUGUCUGUGUGAUCAGAUUUCAUUCGGCGAAAUGAUCCUCUGUGAUAAUGAUCUCUGCCCGAUAGAGUGGUUCCACUUUAGCUGCGUUUCGCUUAUCUCGAAACCGAAGGGUCGCUGGUUCUGCCCGAACUGUCGCGGCGAUCGACCGAACGUGAUGAAACCGAAGGCACAAUUCCUCAAAGAGCUCGAGCGCUACAAUAAGGAAAAGGAAGAGAAAACAUAAAGUGAUCCCUAGCCCUGUGCAAGGUAGUUAAAAGAGGCAGUAGCAGAUAGCAUUUGCUUAGCACAGACCGAGUAUAUAACAUCCUACGCUCGCCAGAACGUAUUUUCAAGAAGAAUGUAAAAGCAACAAUGAAUGGAAGAGUGGUCACUUGUUGCGGUAUUUUUAGAUUAUAAGCUUUUCUCUCAUUUCUAAUCGAAAACGUCUCACAAAUGAAGAAGGAAGUUAAGGUUGGUUUAGUUCGAGGCGCUACUAGCGAUGUAAUUUACUGCGUUUUUAUUUACUUCUUGUUUUACUUUUGUUUGCAUGUAAUGUCUGCGUUACGCUUCCUUGAAGGAAUCAAAUAAAUUAGGCGAGACAGUUUCAGGAGGGAAGUAACAAGAGAACGUUCUACGAUUAGUAACACCCAACCGCAGUACACACUAUAUUUAUGAUCAGGACUCCUGCAGUAAGAUUUUAGAAGCAACAAGAUUGAAAGUAAGGACUUUUUUGAAAGAUGAUUAAAACAAAACAAUAAUCGUCAGAUUACAAACAAGAAAAAAAAACAUAGCACCACGAGCGUAUCGAUUAAAGACUAACAUCCGAUGAAGGGUCAACUCAAAAUGCCGACAAAUUACGACCCUCGUGUGCCGUAAAAUUUGUAAUAACGCUUCUCGCUUAGGAACGGAGAGUGAACCGAUCUGGAAGCACAUUAAGUGCUCACUUUUCGCUUAAUUAAUAAUGAAUGUAUGUUGGUCCCUCGUACCAUGCCCACCAGACGGCAAAUGUUUAUUUACUUUUCGAUGCGUCUGUCCGUCAACAAAACAGCAACGGAGCGUCAGUUCGGGCGGGUUAUGACCGAACCGUUUGGGCACGUUCCUUGUUUGUUGUACGGUGAAAAACGAAGAAACAUAACGGUUGUUACCUGAUUUGAGGUUUGCAUUUAGCCCGGGAAGGUUCUUUGCGUGAGAAGGGUGAAUGGAAAAAAAAAUGUUUUGAAAAGCUGUUAAUCGUACAUUUUGCGCUCUCACCACCAUUUUGCGCAGCCUGCCAAUUAGUGGUGACAAACGAUUCGGUAGCUUACGAACCAUUAAGCCAUCCCCGGAGGUAAUCUGGAUUGAAUUAAUUUCUAUGACAAAAUUAUGCUUUAAUUGAUAGCAAAAGUUUGCACAAUAGUA